AUGUUGUGGCCAAUACCGAUAAUAGCAGCCCUCCUCAUCCACAUCGCUACAACAACCAGCACACAAACGCAAACGCCCAAUCUCCUCGGAAACCACCCGCAAAUCCACGGAAUCUGGCAACUGCAAAACGCACGCGUGAUGACGGGGCCCGCGUUCUACGACCCGGCCACGGAACACUUGAUCGAGCCAACUGCCCCAGGCACAUGCUUCACCUUUGAAUCAUCAUCAUCCAAAAAUAAUACAUCAUCAUUAUUGGGUGAGGGGGGAAAGAAGGCGAGACUCAAGCACGGCACCGUUGUGCUCGAUUCCGGCUGGUUUGAAACCUCACAAUAUCUCAUCUUCAGCAACGCGCAAAACCACUCGUGUCCCAAAGCCCAAUUGAUCUGGAUGCACGGCCACUACCACCUCCUCCUCCACCACCACCGGAAUUAUCGGUUGCAGUUACAUCCCGUGUGGCAAGAUGGGAGACAGUUGGUCAGUGACCCCUGCGCCGAUCACGGUGUUUCGACGUAUGCGCGCUUUGAGCAGAAGUUUCUCGAGUAUGGCGUUACGCUUGCGUGGGAUGGAUAUUUUGAAGGUUGGAAGUUGGAGAUUUGCGACGAGGCGGAUUGGGGUAGGAAGAAGUAUUUGUGGUUGCGGUCGCGGGACGUCUCGGGGGUGUUGAAUCCUCGCGAUAUCGAGCGGAAAAGUAGGGUUUUUGUUGAUAUUGGCAGUGUAUAG